GAACUUCCCGCCUCAGCUCUGUCUGAUACUGAGACAAGAGCGCGCUCAUAGCUGCCUAGUCAUAGCCCCGCCAGUCCAGUCCGUCAUGAUCAUUGCCAAUGCUCUAACGUGGGUUAUAAGUACUUGUGAAACUAUCUCAGCUCCCCAUGGCUGAUUCCUCCUCCUGUCACUCAACUCUCUCGUCUUGACAUCAUGCUAUCACCACCAAUUCUCCUAUUAGGCGCCCUAUGCCUGGCAUUUCUGAUUCUGCAGAGCAUCCGUCGACGUCUCCAGCGGCGUAUAUACGCCAAGAAAUGGGGUUGUCAGCCUCCUCCUGUGGCGCAGACAGGUAUCUAUGGCAUCAGGACGUUCCUCGACCUCAACAAGGCAAUGAAUGAAACCCGCCUGGUAGAAUACAUUUCCGACCGGUAUGAUGAACACGGAUAUACCUUCGAACAAUCUGUGUUUGGAGACUCGGCAGUUUCGACUGCUGAGCCAGAGAAUCUGAAGGCUCUGUUGGCUACCCAGUUCAAUGACUUUUGCCUGGGAACCAGGCGUCGCGAGUUCUACCCGACGCUUGGGGAUGGCAUUUUUACACUUGAUGGUGCGGGAUGGGCUCACAGCCGUGCUAUGUUGAAACCCCAGUUCCAGCGUGAUCAGGUUGCCGAUCUAAACCUCAUCGAUGGCCAUGUCUCUCAAAUGAUCGAUCUCAUCCCCAAGGACGGCUCUGUCUUCGAUAUUCAGGAUCUUUUCUUCCUCAUGACCGUCGACUCGGCUACCCAUUUCCUCUUUGGUGAGUCAGUCGGCGCAAUGGAGGGUGGCAGUGUGCUCGAAAAGUCAUCCGUUGGAAAUGCGCAGGGCUUCGCCGAUGCAUUCAACACGGCGCUUGAGUACCUCAAUAAACGAUCAAUGGCUUUAAUCUUCUAUUGGACUAUCAACCCGAAGGAGUAUCGCGAUGCAAACCGGCGCGUCCACGAGGUUGUCGAUUACUAUGUCCACCAAGCUAUCGAGGCCAAGAGGCAUCCCGAAAAGAAGGAGCCUGGCCGAUACAUCUUUGCCGAGGCACUUGCUCAAGACAAUGACGACCCUAAGCUGCUACGUGACAACAUGCUUAAUAUACUUUUAGCAGGUCGUGACACUACAGCCAGUCUCCUUAGUUCCGCAUUCUUCCUCCUGGCACGCCACCCCGCAGUUUGGGAUAAACUCCGCGGAAUCAUUAUCGAAGAAUUCGGAGACGCCCAAAAUCCAAAGGUAGAAAUCACUCAUGCCAGACUUAAGGAUAUCCCGUACCUGCGCCAUUUCUUAAAUGAAGUCCUUCGCCUCAUUCCACCUGUCCCCCUCAACUACCGCGUCGCCGUCAAAGACACUACUCUCCCCGUAGGGGGUGGUCCUGACGGGAAAUCCCCCGUCUUCGUUGCGAAGGGAGAGCCAGUCCUCUACAGUGUCUAUACCAUGCACCGCCGCAAGGACAUUUACGGGCCAGACGCCGACUCCUUCCGACCUGAGCGCUGGGAAGAGAACUCAAAGCGAGGCUGGUCGUUCCUCCCCUUCAACGGCGGUCCUCGUAUUUGUCUUGGCCAACAAUACGCGCUCACAGAAGCAAGCUUCGCGAUGGUGAAGCUACUGCAGCGCUUUCAGAAAAUCGAGAAUGGUGCGCCAGAGAUUGAGCAACCGAUCAUCAAAGCGAAUCUCACCGUGUCCCAUGGUCAGGGCGUCAAGGUUCGACUGCAUUAAUAGCCAUCUCUGCUUUUUAACGACCGGAAUGACCUUAUGGUUCUAUUUUUUGUAUAUUCUACGGCAAUACACUUCUCUCUUUUAAAACUUGCGAAUAAGUAUUUUAUAUUGGUUAUGGGUGCACUCUCCUUUAUAGUAAUGACAGUAGACGCCUUCCCGCGAUAACAAAUAUCAUGUAUAGUUCUAUAUAUUCCUAUCAAUCAUCACAUCCAAGUCACG